AUGAGAUACAUUCAUUCCAACGAGACCUUGACCGUCCCCGAGGGUGGUGAGUACAAUUGCUCCCCCGUUGAAGUUGGAGGCAGAGAUGGAGGCAGAGCGCAGGAACUGGGGCGCGCAUGGGAUGGGGAAAGCAGGAGUAGGAAUAGGAGAAUAAUUGCUGACCAGCUUUGCGCAAUAGUCAAGGUCACCAUCAAGUCCAGACUUGUCACCGUCGAAGGACCACGAGGCAAGCUCACAAAGAACCUCAACCAUCUGGCCGUCAACUUCUCGCACCCAAAGAAGGAUGUCAUCAACAUCGAGCUGCACCACGGUGCCCGAAAGAACGUCGCCACUCUCCGCACAGUCCGUACCCUGAUCAACAACUUGAUCAUUGGUGUCACCAAGGGCUUCAAGUACAAGAUGAGAUAUGUCUACGCACAUUUCCCCAUCAACGUCAACGUGGAGAAGAACGGCGAGACUGGCUUGUUCGAGGUUGAGAUCCGAAACUUCAUCGGUGAGAAGAUUGUCCGCAGAGUCAUCAUGCAACCAGGUGUCGAUGUCGAGGCAUCAAAGAACCAGAAGGACGAGCUGCAGUUGUACGGAAACUCGCUCGAGGGUGUUUCACAGAGCGCCGCCGACAUUCAACAAAUCUGCAGAGUGCGAAACAAGGAUAUCCGGAAGUUUUUGGACGGUCUGUACGUUUCGGAGAAGGGUAACAUUGAGGAAGAAUGA